GAAGUUCUUUGCAUGGCGGGAAUCUGCUUUACUCUUGUGUGUUUAUAUUCUUAGUUUCGUGUGUAGUUGAAGCCCCGAAGGUAGGACCCCAUGGCUGCUACUGCCGUCGAGUACACCAUAGGAGGUGUGAAGAUCCAGUUUCCUUGCAAGGCCUACCCCUCUCAGCUGGCAAUGAUGAAUUCAAUCGUGCGUGGCCUGAACCAUGGUCACCAUUGCCUGCUGGAGAGCCCCACCGGCAGUGGCAAGAGCCUCGCUCUGCUCUGCUCAGCCCUAGCUUGGCAACAGGCUCAAUACGCUAAGGCAGAGAAGGAGGGAAUGUCUCAUAAUGAGUUCAAGAAGCCAGAGGUCACUACACCCUGUCAGUGUGCCUGCCAUGCUUCGAGAGGGCACAGUAUGCCCAGAUCUGGUGUUACAGAGGGGUCAGUAACCCCCAUUGUGGAUCUUACAGGCCUGGACACAGUGACACAGCACACACAUCCUCCUGUCACAGACAACUACAGGCCCAGGAGCAGCACCCUGGCCUCCCGGCUCUCAGAGAAACGGCAAGCUUCCCUCAGUGCAAACGCUGAUGAUGACUUCAUGCCAGAUAGGAAGCGAAUCCGCAGUCUUGUUGUUGAUCAAAAGGAGAGGAAGAGGAGAUGUCUUGAGCAGGGAGUGAUCAUCAUCAGUGAUGAUCUUCAGGGUGAGACGCCAAUAACAGAGGCCUGCACCAGUACAAUAGAGUCUCCCUCUAGCUGCUUCCUAUGCCCAUGUGACGGGGUCAAAAGGGGGGCAAAGGCAGCUGAAAAGACGAAAGACAAGGAUAAAGCUAAUAAUGGUGGCAGUUGUAAGAAGGCGGUUCCCAAGAUCUUCUUCGGCACACGAACUCACAAGCAGAUUGCACAGAUUGCCCACGAACUGAAACGCACCUUCUACACCAGCACACCGAUGACCAUCUUGUCCAGCCGGGACCAUACCUGCGUGCAUCCGGAGGUCAUUCAGCACACCAACCGUAACGAGCGCUGCAAGGAACUUCUGGAGGGCAAGAAUGGCCAGACAUGCCGGUACUACCACAAUGUGCAUAAGAUGCGGGAUCAGGGAACGUUGCAGUGGGUCCAUGGGCUGCAGCAGGCUUGGGACAUCGAGGAGCUGGUGCGGCUGGGCAGUCGGCUGCGCUGUUGCUCCUACUUUGCUGCUCGUGAGCUCAUGCAAGAGGCACACAUUGUCUUCUGCCCGUACAACUACCUGCUAGAUCCACUCAUCCGUGAAAGUAUGGAGAUCAAUCUGAAGGGCCAGGUGGUGGUGUUGGAUGAGGCCCACAACAUUGAGGACUGUGCCCGUGACAGUGCCAGUUACACGCUCAGCCAGACCCAGCUGCUUGCUGCUCGCAACGAGAUUGAUGGCAUGGUGUACCACAACAUCCGGCCGAUUCACCACGGGCCUCUGGGAGCCUUCUGCUGCAGCCUUCUCAACUGGAUACAAGAGAGCUGCGGUGCCCUGUCAGAGAGAGAUUACGAGACAUCUUGCAAGGUUUGGACAGGGGCAGAGGUGCUUGUCAUCUUCCAUGGUCUAGGCAUCACUGCUGACACCUUCUCAGUGCUACAGAAGCACCUGGCAGCCGUACUAGAAAAGGAGGAGAGAGUCGGCCUCGUGAAUGGACAGGAGGACAUGGUGGAGGUGCCCACCCUCAGCGCACCCACUCAGACUGUGCUCAAGAGCCUUUUCAUGGUGCUUGAUUUCCUCUACAGAAAUAACUGCAGUUUCGCUGAGGACUACCGCGUGGCCCUCCAGCAGACCUAUGUCUGGACUACCCAGAAUGACCCACCUGACUUGCCAGAUGCCCAGGGCUUCUUUGCCCGUAGACACCGUCGCCGUCAGGGGGCUCGCACAAAGACUCUGGUGUACACUCUGAGCUUCUGGUGUCUAAAUCCAGCUGUGGCCUUUACAGACCUGAGUGGCUCCGUCCGAACCAUUGUCCUGACAUCUGGCACGCUGUCACCCAUGGGCUCCUUCUCUUCAGAGCUAGGGGUCAACUUCUCCAUCCAACUGGAAGCCAGUCAUGUCAUCAGCAAGUCCCAGGUGUGGGUGGGCACCCUGGGAAACGGCCCCCAGGGAAGGAAACUGUGCGCCACCUUCCAGCAUGCAGAGACAUUCGCCUUCCAGGAUGAGGUUGGCGCCCUUCUCGUGAGAAUCUGCCAAGCGGUGGCACGAGGCGUGCUCUGCUUCCUACCAUCCUACAAGAUGUUGGACAAGUUACGGGAGCGCUGGACAAACACGGGCCUGUGGGAGCAGAUUGAGCAGAGGAAGAUUAUUGUCACAGAGCCCAGGGGUGGGGCCAGAAGUGACUUUGAUGAGCUGCUACAGAGUUACUAUGAUGCCAUCAAGGACCCGGGACAUAGAGAUGGCGCACUGCUGAUUGCUGUAUGCAGGGGAAAAGUGAGCGAGGGACUAGACUUCACUGAUGACAACGCCAGGGCUGUGGUCACCAUUGGGAUCCCCUUCCCCAACAUCAAGGACCUACAGGUGGAGCUCAAGAUGAAGUACAAUGACCAGCACUCAAAAACCCGUGGCCUCCUGUCCGGUAGCCACUGGUAUGAGAUCCAGGCCUACCGUGCCCUCAACCAAGCCCUGGGCAGGUGCAUCCGGCACAGGAACGACUGGGGGGCGCUGAUUCUAGUGGAUGAUCGCUUCAGGUGUAACCCUAACAAGUAUAUCACAGGCCUUUCGAAGUGGGUGCGUCAGCUUGUGCAGCAUCAUAACACCUUUGGUGGCGCCAUGCAGUCGUUGGUCACCUUCUCUGAGAACCAGCAGGGGGCAGCGACAGCCCGUGCAAAUGGCUCCUGCCCACCCGAGCAGACGGAGCCUACAAAAUGGCUCCCAUCCCCCUCCACUCUGUCCUUGCUGCUCCCUUCCACAAAUCCUACUGAGAAAGCAACUGAGGACCCACCCCAGGAUUUCACACCACGGCCGGUGCAACAGGUGUCUGGCCAGAGGGUUUUGGAUCCGCCCAUCCCUGAAGCUACCACCAGCUACAAAAGUCAGAGUGACACACAAGACGGCUGCAAACCUGUGACGCAGCAGCCUUGGCGUUCGGCUGAUGCCCCCCAGUACUACGGCAGGGACAUCUGCGCCCUCUCUUCGCCACAGCCAUUAAAUCCUUUCUUCACCUCCACUCCUGUGACCAGCCACUUAAGGAUGCCCAUCUUCCAGACAAGUGACCAUCACAGGGAGGCCAACUGGGAGCCUGCCCUGGAGGAGAGUGUUGAGACCCUAGCAUUUCAUGUGCCUAUUACGGAAGUGGAGCUCCCUCUGAAUGCAGUCAUUGACAGCUUAGGACAGGAGGAGAGCUUGGUCCACUCUCUUAGAAAGGACCCUGAACUCUCCCCUGAGGGGUUCACGUCGGCAUGUAAUGCCCCUGUUGAUGUACAAACUUCACCACCUGAGGACGAGGAUGAACAGGAGGAAGAUCAGACCAUCUUCUUCACACCAGAGCUUUUUGAGACUGAAGAUUGCGAUGAAGAUAGGGGAGUGUCACCACAGGGGACAGCAUGUUGUGUAGAACUGGGCACCAAGGGUGACCUUCUUCUCUGCAAGGCAGCAGCUGAAGUGCUGUCUGAGGACCUUUUUGGGUCUGAACAGGGCUGUAGAACAUUGAAUCCUGCUCCCUGUGAUGGCCAGGAGGGUGGCACUCACUCACCUCUCAAGCCACUUGUAAUAACAGACUAUGAGCAUAUGGCAUGUAAUUCAGACAGUAAGGAUGGGGCUAUGCAGAAGGCAGAGGGCCAGCUGGACAACAGACAGGGCAGGAACUGGGCAAAUAGGCUCUCUAGGUCUAAGCAGAAGGGGCCCCAGACAUCAGCAGGUAAACUUACAUCUUUCUUUCCCUUUAAUUCCCAUGAUAAAAGCCCCCCAUCCCUCAAAACUGAUUAGGCCUUAAGAUAUAGGUUAUGAUCAUUGAUGGUGUGAUGUCAUUGUAGGCAUUGUUUAUAUCUAUUUAAAAAUUUUUGUCGAAAAUAAAAGUGA